UUUACAUCAUUUUAUCCUCAUCUACUGUCGCUACAUUACCAUUAACUUUGAAUAAUAAUGAGUGCAAAGAAGCAAAUUCAGGUUGACGUUAACAAGGCCGUCGGCUUCAAGUACCCUUCCGACAAGGUCGCUUAUAACAGGAGGGACUUGCUUUUGUAUGCCGCUGGCUUGAAUUUGGAAGAACCAAAGUUCACCUACGAGUUGGAUAAACAGUUCGCCGCGUUUCCCACCUACCCCCUCGUCCUUCCUCUCAAAGGCCCCACCUCUGAUGUAAACUCCUAUGCUGAACGCUCCAACACGGGCGGGGAGAUCCCCGGUAUGCCCAAGAUCGACCUGAACCGCCUUGUGCACGGCGAACAAUACCUGGAGCUUUUGGAGCCUUUACCCGUUCAAGGCGAGUUUACCUUGGAUUCAACAUUGGCGGGGGUAUACGAUGCGGGUAAGGGGAUGAUUAUGGAUCGGGAAACCUUCCUGGUGGAUGCGAGUGGAAAAAAGUUGGCCAAGAUGAUUACGAGUGCUUUUGUGAUUGGUUAUGGAGGAUUUGGGGGGCCUCGCAAACCCAAGCCUUCCAACGUGGUCGAUACACCAAAGCGGGCUCCGGAUGCAGUACAUGAAUCAAAGACGCACACCAACCAAGCCUUGCUGUACCGUUUGUCUGGUGACUAUAAUCCUCUGCACGCUGACCCACGCAUUGGCGAGCGUCUUGGCAUGAAGGGUGCCAUUUUGCAUGGAUUGUGCACGUACGGGUUUGCUGCAGCUGCUGUUUUGCGCCAUUUUGCCGACAACAACCCCGUUGCUUUCAAGUCCAUUUAUGGCCGGUUUGCCUCACCGGUUUACCCAGGUGAAACCCUCCAAACCCUCAUGUGGAAAGCGGGCGAACAGAAUGGGCAGGUCACUGUCGCAUUCGUGACAAAGGUCAAGGAACGAGAUGCUGUGGUGAUCAGCAAUGGAACUGUUGUGCUCGUUCCGGGUGCAAAGAGCAAGUUGUAAAAGUAGCUAGGAUAUACUGGUACAUUGUCGUAGCCUGGUUGAAUCAAGUAUGCAUCAUCACACUCAGGGGUACUUUAGAGAUUUAUUUUUUACGUUCCGGAAGGGGAUACACAACCGGUUAUAUGAUGAUCUUUCAAUAACAAAACACCCUCACGAUAUACGAAACAA